AUGAAACUCUCCAUGCUCCUCUUGGCUGGAACAGCAUCCGCUGUCCUCGCGCACGACUCCCUCUUUAAGCGCGGUCAAUCACUCGAACAUGCUAUUCGCCAAUCACCUGAGCUCGCAGCUAAGAUGAUCAGACGCCAUUACGAUGAAGAUGGCAAUGCUCGCUGUGAAUGUCCAAGCGACGGCGACGACGAUGGCGACGAUGGUAGCUGGGGUGAAUCCAGCUCAUGGUAUGCCUCUUCCACCUGGACACAACCAGCAGGUGGUCAACCAACUACUAGUGCUACCUCAUACUCAACCGCUACUACAUGGACACCAGCACCAACUCCAACUGGUGACAAUGGUAAUGGUGGAAAUGGUGGUAACGGCGGUAACGGUGGUGACAAUGGUAACAAUGGCGACAACGGCAAUGGUGGUAAUGGUGGUAACGGUGGUGACAACGGCAACAAAGGUGACAACGAGGACUGUCCAGACCCAGAGCCAUCCAGCACCCAAGAACCAGCACCAGAGCCAACACCGGAACCAACAACCUCACAAGAGCCAACACCAGAACCAACAACUUCUCAAGAGCCAGCACCUGAACCAACUGAGGACUGCUCAACUACCGAGGAGCCAGCUCCACCUGCAACCUCAACAGCACCAACUUCAACAACACCAUCACCAACAGCUACACCAACUGGCGGAAACGGCGGCUCAGGUGGUAGCGGUGGUAAUGGCGGCAACAUCGUUACAUUCACAACCUCCGGCACUGUAACAUCAGCAUCUGUCUCAGGUACUGCAACUGGUGGUGGUGACGAUGGCAACUGUGGUGACUCAACUGCCCUUAUUGAUCUUGACACUGGUCUUUCAAUUGGUGAUGGAUCACUACUCGAUGCCGGUCUCUGUCUCCAAAUCGGUCACUUGCUCAGCGUCGACGCUGGUAUCAAACUCGGUAAGCGUUACGCAAUUGUACGUAACGAUGCCGUCAAAACGUUCAAGCGUGACGGUCUCAUCGAUCUCGACCUCGUAGCUAGCAUUCUCAGCGGUGGUAACAACAAGCGUAGCUUGAUUGAUAUUGACGCCUUGAUCAACAUUCUCAGCAACAGCAGCCAACACAAGCGCGAUGAAGCUGGUCUCAAGAUCGUCAGACGUAGAGAUCACAACAAGAAGAUGCGUCGUGUGCGUAACUUUGCCUAA